UUAUUUAUUAUUAUUAUAUAAUAUAUAGUUUAGUAAUAUAUGCUUCUUCGACAAUAUGUAUCAUAUCAUAGACAAUACUUCAUACAAUAUUCUUUUAUUCGAUCGUUUAUUACUUCUACUUUUGUUUCUAAACGUAUUACGUCCGGCACUACGGAAAUUGUUCUUCAACCUAUCGCCAAACAGCUUCAAAAUCAACCAAUUCAACUUUCUGUGAAACAAUCCAACUUUCCUAUUAUACUAGAACCUAAACAGAAAACCACUGGUUCGGUAGUUCUUGAUACUGUACGCGAAUAUACCAAAAAGUACCCUCUCUGUGUUUUAUUGGUUCAAGUUGGUGAUUUCUAUGAACUUUAUGAAUCUCAUGCUACUCGUUUUGCUUCCCUCUUGGAUUUGAAAUUGACACGAAAAAAAGUGGCUAAUGGACAAGUGGUGGAUUUUGCUGGAUUUCCUUCACGUUCUUUGCAUCGAUAUGUUGAUAUUUUGGUAAAUCGUUUGAAACGUCGUGUAGCUCUAUGUGAACAACUCGGAACGUCUGCUCGUGAUGAUGGAUCUAUUCUCGGAAUGCAAAGGGCUAUCACUAGAAUUAUUACACCUGGAACUGUGAUUGAAGAACGUUAUUUGACAGCUCAUUCUUCCAACUAUCUCUUGGCUGUAUACCCACCAAGAAAUUUGACAAAUGCUGAUGAUUCUACUUAUCUUGGUCUGGCAUGGGUAGAUAUAUCGACGGGUGAAUUUAUUCUACAACAAACAACUGUACAGGCUUUCAAAGACGAUAUUGUACGUAUACAACCUAGAGAAGUCAUUUUGCCAGAAUGGAUGGAACACUCUUCUUUAACCACUCUUGAUACUUACACUAAUGAUGAACUAUCUUCAAAGUUGGAUAUGAAUCAAGAUACAUAUGAUCCUAUUACUCGCAUACUUGCUACUGCUCCUAUGCUGUCUAUCACGUAUCAACCUGAAACUGUAUUUGAUGCUAUGACUUGUAGAACCACGUUGAACUCUAUGUUUGGUGAAGAAAGCAAUUGGAUUGAAGAAAACAACAAGACAGAAUCAAAUCAAUUUUCUGAACAAUCACUGGCAGCUGCUAUGGCUUUACUACAUUAUAUCGACCAAACACAUGUUGGAAGGAAGCCCAAGCUAUUAUCACCGACAUUAUUUACUGUACAAGAUAUAUUACGUAUCGAUAGUGCAGCAAUGGCAUCUUUAGAACUACUGAAAGGUUUGAUGGGUGGUCGUCGACAAGAUGGUUUACUUGGUAUGUUAGAUCAUACUAUGACGAAUUCGGGUUCAAGGUUACUCUCACAAUGGUUAUCAAGUCCUCUUGGUUCUAUCAAAGCAAUACAAAAUCGAUUGGAUAUCGUAGACUAUUUUUACCAUCAUGGUUAUAUUUUAUCUGAUGUACGAUAUCAAUUGAAGCAAAGUACAGAUGCACAACGGGCCUUACAACGAUUAGCUAUGCGAAGAGGACAAUACUCGGAUUUAUUUGAAAUCAACAGGACAUUCAAUACUAUGAAAUCAAUUCAGCAACUAUUUCAACACACUAAUUUGCCAGCAUCCAUACAAACCUUACUAAAUACAUUGGAUCCUCACGACAAUCAUAUCAACGAUAUUCAACAUGCAUUUAUACAACAACAACAACAAAGUUCAUUCGACAUAGACAGCACUACUGAUGAUGAAACGAACUAUGAUGGUGAAAUGCAAAGUGAAGGCUAUGGAUUUGUCAAUCCUGAUUAUAAUCCAACAUUGAAACGACUUUAUAAUAAAUUGAAACGACUUGAACAAGAGAAGAACGAACUUCAGGAUACGUUACGAUCUAUUUGUGGAAAAACACUCUGUCUGAUAUCACAGUCUCCUUAUGGUCAUAUAGUCGAAGUGAAUUCAUCUCAAGCAAAGAAGUUGGAAGCCUAUUAUCAAGAUCAAAAUCUCUCUAUGGUGCACCAAACAAAAGGGAAGAAACGAUACCAUUUACCUUUAUGGGCAGAUAUAUCUAUGCAACUAGAAGGCACAGUGACUCAUAUUAUGGAAAUUGAAGGACAAAUUUUUGAAGAAGUGGUGAAUCGACUACUGGCUCAGAGCAGCUCUAUCAUCCGAAGUUGUCAUACACUUGCGCAAUUAGAUACAUUGACCACAUUUGCUUGGUUGGCAAAACAACAUAAUUGGACACGACCUGAAAUCCAUGCUGAAGAAGAUAUGAUUAUUGAAGGUGGACGACAUCCUGUGGUAGAAACAUAUCUUGGACGGAAAGGGCGAUUAUUUACGAAAAACGAUUGUGCAUUGAAAGAUGAUCAACGACUUUGGCUUCUGACUGGUCCAAACAUGGGCGGCAAAAGUACUUUUUUACGGCAAAAUGCAAUUAUUGUAGUGAUGGCUCAUAUGGGAUGUUUUGUACCAGCAAAGAAGGCACGUAUUGGAUUGACUGAUUAUAUCUUUAGUCGAGUGGGGGCAGCGGAUAACUUGGCUCAAGAUCAAUCAACAUUUAUGGUGGAAAUGACAGAAACAGCCACAAUAUUGAAAAAUGCUACAUCAAAGUCUCUGGUUAUUAUGGAUGAAGUAGGUCGUGGUACUUCUACAUCAGAUGGAUUUGCUUUGGCUUAUGCUAUUUUGGAUGAUUUGAACCGAAGGAUUGGAUGCCGAACUCUAUUUGCCACUCAUUAUCAUGAAUUAGCUGAAGCUGUCGGUACUUUUGAAAAUCUGAAAUGCUUCAAGACAAGUCUGUACGAAGAUCAUCUUGGUUUCUCCUUUUUGCAUCGAGUAGAACCUGGAGUCUGCAGACAAUCACAUGGUUUGAAAGUGGCGCAAGUAGCAGGUCUACCUCCUUCUGUUGUUAAUGUUGCUACCUCUGUUUGGCAAUCUUUGAGCGCUGGAAACUCCUUCUCAGUGGAAUCAUUGGAAAAGGCUAUAAAGGACAACGAUGAACCAAGUUGAAUAUUCAUUAUAUAGCUAGAUCUCCUUACUUUUUUGUUAUUAUUAUUUUUUUUUACUGUACUUUUCCCUUGGUAUUAGUGUAGAAAUGUAGUGAUACCCCAAUUAUAUAUAGU